UCAUUCUCAUCAUACUUCAUAUUCUUUAUAACCCAUUCUUGAUCAUACUUUACACACAUUAUUAUAUCUUUCUCAUCGUACGUUGGUAGCAAUUUCAGACCAAAAUCUUCUUAAAUUGAAACUGCUAGUUAAGUAUCUAACUGAAUUGCAAAGAUUUUUCUAUAUUUUUAUUUUUUAACUUCUAUUUUGGGAAUCAUAUACUCAAAAAUGGAAGGUAUGGAUAUGUUAAGUUGGGAACAAAAGACAUUGCUAAACGAGCUUCUUGUUGGACUUGAAGCGGCCAAGAAACUUCAGACACGACUUCGAGAAGCUCCCUCGCCUUUGUUUUCUCCGACGACGGCUGAGACGAACCAGAUUUUGGUGAACCAGAUAGUUUCUUCCUGCGAAAGAUCUCUUCUUAUGCUAAACUGGUCAUCCUCACCUACGACCGUACAACUUAUUCCGACGCCGGCAACUGUAGUCCCGGUGGUGAAUUCCGGCGGAGUUCCUGAAUCUCCGGCGUCCAUUAACGGUAGUCCGAGAAGUGAAGAGUUCGUUGACGGAGGAGGUUCCAGCGACAGUCAUCAUCGCCAAGAUUACAUUUUCAACUCAAAGAAAAGGAAGAUGUUACCAAAGUGGUCAGAAAAAGUGAGAAUAAGCCCAGAGAGAGGCUUAGAAGGACCUCAAGAUGAUGUCUACAGCUGGAGAAAAUAUGGUCAGAAAGACAUUUUGGGAGCCAAAUUCCCAAGGAGUUACUACAGAUGCACUCAUCGCAGCACACAGAACUGUUGGGCGACGAAGCAAGUCCAGAGAUCGGACGGUGAUGCGACUGUUUUCGAAGUCACGUACAGAGGAACACACACUUGUUCCCAGGCGAUCACACCACCACCAGCCUCUCCGGAGAAGCAAGAAGACACCAGACUCAGACCAGCCAUUAGUACUACUACCCAAAAGCCAAAGGACCUUCUUCAGAGCCUUAAAUCCAACUUAACCGUUCGAACCGACGGGCUCGACGACGGUAAAGACGUUUUCUCGUUCCCUGAUACGCCACCGUUUUAUACUUACGGCGACUUCAGCCACGUGGAAAGUUCUCCUCCCAUCUUCGACGUUGCUGACUGGUUCAAUCCAACGGUCGAGAUUGACACAACCUUUCCCAGUUUUUUACACGAGUCGAUCUAUUAUUAAAAAUACUGUAAAAGACUCAUUUAUCCAUAGAAGAAAUCAGCGAGAAUUAAGAUAGUAGAUUACUUUU